GCUCAGGAGCUGCUUGGAGCUGCUGGAGUACAGCCGGCAGAGUUCUUCAGCAUUAGAGCUUUGGAACGGUAGAAAGUGCCUUUUUAUUUCUCCAAGCCUAUUCCCUGAUAGACCUUCAAAAUGAUUGGCGUGAAUAGUGUUCAGAGUGCCAGCAAGGUACGGGUGAGGACCUCAGGUUCUGUGAAGUAUUCCCGGGAGGAUUCUAUCCGACGGCAGUCCCACCGGUCAAAGUCUAUGAAAAUUUCCAACUCCUCAGAGUUUUCUGCUAAGGAGACCAAGGCUCUGUACAACUCAAUCAAGAAUGAGAAGCUUGAAUGGGCAGUAGAUGAUGAAGAGAAAAAAAAAUCUCCCUCAGAAGGUACUGAUGAGAAGGCUAAUGGAACACACCCAAAGACUAUCAGUCGUAUUGGGAGUACAACUAACCCAUUUUUGGACAUUCCUCAUGACCCAAAUGCUGCUGUAUACAAAAGUGGAUUUUUGGCUCGCAAAAUCCAUGCGGAUAUGGAUGGAAAGAAGACUCCAAGAGGAAAGCGGGGAUGGAAAACCUUCUAUGCUGUCCUGAAGGGAACCGUUCUUUACUUACAAAAGGAUGAAUAUAAGCCGGAGAAGUCUCUGUCUGAUGAAGACUUGAAGAAUGCAGUGAGUGUGCACCAUGCUCUCGCGUCCAAGGCCACGGACUACGAGAAGAAGCCCAACGUGUUUAAACUCAAGACUGCAGACUGGAGGGUCUUGCUUUUCCAAACCCAGAGCCCAGAGGAGAUGCAAGGGUGGAUAAACAGAAUUAACUGUGUGGCAGCGGUGUUCUCUGCCCCUCCAUUCCCGGCGGCCAUUGGCUCUCAGAAGAAGUUUAGCCGUCCACUUCUGCCGGCCACCACAACCAAACUAUCCCAGGAGGAACAGCUGAAGUCCCAUGAAAGCAAGCUGAAGCAGAUCACCACUGAGCUGGCUGAACAUCGCUCAUAUCCCCCAGACAAGAAGGUCAAAGCCAAGGAUGUCGAUGAAUACAAGCUGAAAGAUCACUAUCUGGAGUUCGAGAAAACCCGUUAUGAAAUUUAUGUCAACGUUCUGAAAGAAGGAGGCAAAGAGCUCCUGACUACUGAGGGAAAUGAGCCAGUGGGACUGAAGAAGUCACACUCAAGUCCUUCCCUUAACCCAGAUGCAUCUCCGGUCACUGCCAAGGUCAAGCGCAACGUGUCAGAGAGAAAGGACCACCGACCUGAAACACCGGGCAUUAAGCAAAAAGUCACUUAGAAUCCAUCUGCGGCCAGGAAGUGCUGGUCAUGGAGCAAAAUAGGGUUUUUCAAGAUCUUUCUGGUAAUCCGUGAAUAUAUUUAAAAAAAACAGUCUGUGACUAAAUGGUGCAUUAGUCACCUUUUAUAUUGUAUAUUUUUGUUAGUUUCUGUACAGGUGUCUUUGCUCUUGAGUUCCUUGCUUUGAUGAUUUGGCCAACUUUAUAACUAAUGCACCUUUUGUGAGGAGGAGAGGGUUACAGAUCCUUUCUCCUUCUGCUUUCUCUUAUUUGCACUUCUGCAUAGUUAUUUUAUGUAUUCCCGAUCAACUGUUGUACUUUUUUUAGGUUUAAAUUUUUAAUCCAUUGUGAAACACAUAACUGGACAAGCAUUGUGCUUUAGUAAAUCCUAGACUUUACAUGUGAAAUCCUGCCCAGUCACGGAGGUGAAGUUGAAAGUUCAUAGUUGCUCACAUAAAAGUGGCAGUGCUGGGAGUCAAGGUGUCCCAAGGUGGGACACUUGUGCGUUCAUCCUGGCACCUGUUGUUGGUGCUGGACACAGGACAAAAGGGAGCACGAGGGUGACAGGACUGGAGACCUUAGGGAAGCACAGGAGUUGGUCUCAGGUGUGCAUUCCAUUCCAGCCAUGCAAGGGAAUUCAGAAGUGGAGUCAUCUUGCUUGAAGGGAGGCUGAGGAUGGACUGAUACCAAGCCACUUUUGUUUUCUAAAGGCUGGUGACAGUAAUCAGCUCUUCAGAGCUGCAGCACUAGGAUGGAUGGUCUUCUAUAGACACGUUACCUCACUCCCGUGGGAUCUAGACUAGGAAUCAAAAUCAUCUCUGUGAUUGAUGCCUUUCCAUCCAGGACUAGAUUCAUUUUUACAUAGAUGUGCAGGCAUAGCUCAUAUCCUGGUUGAAACAAAACAAUGUUGAAAAUGAAUACCACCACCACCCCUUUUUCCUUUCUAUAUCAAGACAAAUAAGGAGCAUCACGGCUACAGUUCUUCCUCAGGCUCAGUGGCCAUCAGACCACAGCUGAAAUCAGUCUGAUCGCAGGGACUGAGUGAGGAUGGAGGGACCUGAUGACAUAUGUGCGGCUUCUUAGCUUGCUCUCUCCAUCUCUAUAGCCGUCUUGCUGUGUCACCAUUAACAUGGCUCCUGGAGUUACUUGUAUGCAUUUAAUCUUACUUUUCCCUGUAUUCAAAAUGGUUUCACCUUACAGUCAAAGCAGUCCCUUUAAAAUUUAAAGUAUUAAGUAGAAUAUUGUCUGUGGAGGAAGAGAAAGACGUAAAAGGUAAGCUUCCUCUGUGGCUGAAAACGGUCCAGUUUCCAGCCUUGAAACUGUGUUCUCUAAAACUACUAUCUUCCCAUCAAAAUAUCUUCAAAACUAACAGGAUGACAUUUAGAUAUUCUUUAUCCUCCUUAAGUAUUUCCUCUAUUUCUACUUGGUUAGUUGAAGGUACUAUGACCAGAGAAUCAGCUGCUCUUGCAUGAAUAGCAUGAUUCUAGUAAGUUAGAGAAAGCCUGUUACAAAUCCUGGUAGUUUAUAGAGACAUCUCAUUAGGAUGUACUAGCAUUUAGUCACAGGACUGUGUAUUAGCCUGUCCUUCUUUCACCUCUGUACAUGCCCACCUUGCUUGUGCCCCAGAAUAGUAACACUUCUCUCCAAUAUGGUAGCUGCUUGCUUCAUGGUAUUUUGCCACACUAUUGGAAAAACUUCCUUAAACUUCUAUCUCAUUUACGUAAAGGCAGUGAUUUAAUUUAUAUUUCAGAACCAUGAAGCGAAUAUGAUAGUUAACAUUGUAGUUCCAUAUACCUGAACUAUUUCAUAGCAUCCUAGUGAAUCCAGUAUUUCCCAAGCAAGUCGUCUUUCUUCUAGAAGGUGAACUAUCACUGUCUGCUUUUUGCCUAAGUAUUUGUAAUCCCUGAAGGGAAAGGUACCAAGACCUUUGGGUCUUGAGCAUCAUCUUUGAGCAUCAGUAGCUGAAGAACAGUUAACAUGUCUAAAUGUGUCUGUCCACAGUGUGUGUCUAUGUGUAUAGAAUGUUUGUGUACUUGUGUAAAAUAUCUAAUAUACAUUGAAUGGUACCUUGCUGCAGAGUUUCUGACAUGGAGAAUUGUCUAGGAAUGCCCUCAGCAUUAGCUCUGUCACUGCUCCUGUCACAGGACUCACUAGUGCUGGCUCCAGAGCUUCUGGACAUGCUUAUAGAUAAUCAGAUGACAAAGGCACUUUUAAAGUUGUGGACUACUAUGUCUGCAUCAUUUAUCUUGAAAACUAACUGAAGCAGUCUUUUGUGAGUCAGAAUCCCAGCCUGCCCUAGUGUAAUGCUGUCUACCUUUGGGAGAUAGGCUAAAAAUGUGUCUUCCCUGAGGCCUCUGGAAAGAUGCUGCAUUCUCUGAUAUGAUGGGACUCUGGGAGUCUGGUCCAUAGCCAACCCCAUUUCUCCCACAGUAUUGAGUCCUGAGAAAUGGAAGGUGGUCCUUUGUACAGCUACUCUAAGCCUGUUGCCCAGUGCACGGUACAGGGAGCUCUUGUCUCCUUCUUUCUAUGGUACUUCAUUCAGUCCCACCCAUACCUACUGUCACCCCUACCUCAGUUCUCUGGAGUCUUGGAAUUCCUCUCUAUAUGAUAAAGCAUUAUCUAUAUAACAUUAAUACUUUAAAGGAUGAUUCUUAGUAUUGAAAAUAUCAACAAGUCAUCAAAAGACUUUGAUGAUAGCCUUGUUGAAAAACUGACCAUUGAAGCACCCCUUGUAUAAAAUCUGAGUGUGUCUUGGACUUCACCCCUACUGUACAUGCUGGCUUCCAAAAAGAUUUACCAGGGACCCAGUUUUUAAAAUUCUAUUUCAGAGUCCUUGUUUUAUUGAUAUAUCAUUAGCAUUUCUAAAAAUGUACUUCUAAAAGUAUAUAUAAUUUAUCUAACUCUUAGCGAUGUCUAAUUAAGUCAACUGUUACUUUAUAUAUGUUUCCAUGAUUCCCAAUGAAACUGGCAUGUGGGAGAGCCCUCUGGUAGAAAUAGUUUAUAGGUUAUAUGUAACUGUUUGAAAUUGCACUUACAGAGCCAUUUUCUCAUGCAACAAUCUUGUGUAGUAUGUAAGGUGCUCUGUGCCUCUGUUUUUCUUUCCCUCAUCCUGAAGGUGAGGACUAUUUCCAAGGCAAAUGUAGUGGGGGGUUAAUUGGUUCUGAAAGAGGAAAACCUGCUGGUUUCCAAGGCCCAGCUAGGGUUGUGCUAUAAUCUCCUUGGGAAAUUGAGAGCAGGAAGGUAUGCUGGUUCUUCUUCAGCUUCUGUCCCUUUAUUCAUCAUAUAAAGAGCAAGGAUGAAGGAUCAUGCUCUGAAGUAAAGAAGGACUAUCCUGAGAUACUCCUCAUCUGCCUUUUUGAUUAGAAGUCAAUUUUCCAUUAUCUUCACAAAUAAGAGAGACCUGAGAUAGAGUGAGUUAGCUUUACAUGGAAUUUAAAUUUUUUGGCUUUUUUUUUUCUGUUAGUCAUCAGUUAAGCCUUGCUUGACAUUAAGUUUCAUUAAGUUUCUUAGUUAUGAACAUCUAAGUAUUUGUGGUUUAGUUAUUAUGGACACAAGACUUUUUUUUCAGGUCAGCAGCCACCUUCCUGGUUUUAGCAGAAAAUGAUACCAUUGUAGUUCGCAUAGCGUGUAUUUUCCCUGUAAAGCUCACACUAGAGGCCUGGUUUCAUACAGAAUUGUAGCGUCAGUUAAACAUAGAUAUGGUUCAAGAAUGAUAAUGCAUCUUGGGGUCUGAGGCAUAUGAGCUCUGCCAUAGCAUCUGGGUUACUGAGACAGAAGCAGACCAGUCAGGUUUGUAGGCAGAGGACCUACCUUGCUCCACAGCCUCUUACCUUCAUUUACCCAGGCCAGGCUGCUUGGAAAUUAGCAGAAGUCCCGCCACCCAUUUGACAUCUGCUGUCAUCAUGGCAUCCAGAGGACUUUAUCAAUCCACAUAAACUAAUCCCUGACAUAUUACAGAGGUACUUUGUCACUGUAUUUCCUUUCAGACUCCUUCUCCAUCCUUCGCACUUAACAGGACUGAUAUCUGAGGGCAUUCUCAUUCUGUAUCUAUAGUGGGCAUCUUAUAGCAGUUGGCUCAUUGCAUGUGGAGAGAAUGUCAGUAAGUACUUGAAUCUGCAUGGCAGUUUGCUAACUUGUAUGCAAGAACAAGGAGCAAGGAAUACAGCAAGUUGCUUGUACAUACAGUAGGUUUCCUUAGGUCUUGUGGGCACAUCUUUUGUAAUUUAUAUGUAUAUCUGUUGUAUUGCAGCAUUUGGGGAAAUACUUGUAUAGAAAGUAUGUCAUAUGUCAAAGGAAAUGCUUUCUGUCACCUGCCAAUGUUGUGUUUGUGGGUAUUUAUAGUUGUAUGUAUGUAUGUAUGUAUGUGAAUCAAUGUGUAGAUUGUGUAUCAGUAUAUGGUAUAUGUAUGUUGAAAUUAUUUUUGUCUUUUAACAACCAGUAUAAUAUGAAAAGAAAGUUUAAAAAACCUCAUAGGAAUGAUUAUAUAGUACAGUUGUUGAGAGUUCAUAUAGUGGUAUCAUUUUAUUAAACUUAACUUUAAAUGAUAUUUUGAUUAAAUUUUUUAGUAAGACUUUACACUAGAAAAUUCCAUCUUUAAGCUUUGAAUUACCAGGGCAAAAAUGACUUUAACCUAAACUUGUGAAUCUAUUGACGUGUACAGUGUGCAAUACAGUGAGAACUCAUUAUAGUUUGGGAAAUACAGAAGUUGAGGGAAAGCCAGCCUGUGCAGUCUUAGCUACCUUAGUAUUAAGAGCACUUAACAAUGAAGUCGAGCUGAUAACUUAGGGCUUAUUACAAAAGGUGAUGCUCUCAAGCUCACAUUCUUUAUUGUUGUAAUUAGUCCAGAAAAAUACAUAGCUUUCCGAAGAACUAAGUAAGUACCCAGUGUAUCUUUUAUGUACUGGUGUAUCUUUUAGAAUAGAUCACUCUUCCUGGUGCCGCAUCUUUGCCCUCUUUGAUAUACAGAAAUAUCACAGAUACUGAAGUCUAUCAGGGCAUCCCAAGAUCGGGUACUGUAUUCCAGGUUCGCAGUUGCACAAAUUAACAGCUAGUAUUGUAGGUAAAAGGACUUUAGGAACAGGCUAGACUUUAUUUAAUAUUUUUAUACUUCAGUCUCUUUUUCCUGACUCUCCCCAAAGAAGAGCCACUGGCCUUAGUUGUUUAAUGUUAUUGCUUAUAUUAUAAAGUGUAAAUAGUAACUAAAGUUUUAUUACCCAGCAUGUUUGGUAUAUUUAAAGCAGCGACUGAGUGUGUUUGAGUGUGUGGUUGGGUGCAGUGUCUGUUGGAAUACACUGCCUCAUGUCUUCACGUCUGAGUCAGAGAAUUGGAAGUGUGGGGUCUGAGACUCUGCUUCAGCUCCAGGCUGCAGUCCUGUAUUGGCAGUUACACUUGAGUUUAGUUCUUAUUAACUCCUCAGUCUCAAACUAUUUUUUAUAAAUUAUAUUUCCCAACUUGGUUUUAUGUGUGGUGGGCCAGCUCUGUGGAUAAUCACCAGGGCUUCGGCAAGAAUAUUUCCUUCUAAGAAUUACUUGGGAUUUUCAGAAAGCAGCCAUUGACUCAGAAGUUAAGUGGUAGAACUGAGGUAGACUUUAGGUCAUUGCUACUUGAAAAGUUUUAAUUUUAAUAUGAAGCCAUGAAAGUUGUAAAGCCAAGUAAUCAUUUGAAUGGAUAAUAAUAUUCACACUAGAGAGUAUAUAUGCACAUUGAAUUUUUUAUGUCAUUAGGAUACUGUUUUAAGCUUUAGGAAUAAGAGUAAUUAGACCAAAUUAAAGUGCAGGGGUGAGCUGGCUGUUUUCCACUUGGGGUAGUCAUGUGUUAUUAAAUUCUUCUAAGAGAUCCAAAACUGAUUAACCCUUAGGUGUUUAAGGAGAAAAUUGAUAGACCUAGAACCUCAUCUGGACAGAGAGAGAGAGAGAAUUUUUUAAGCUAUACAAAUGUAUUACCUUAAGACACCAAGGGCCAGAGUAUUAUUCUACAUGAUGAAUGGAGACAGUAGAAACCGUAUCACAGAUGUGUUCCAAGACCCAGGGGAAAGGAUGGAGUGCUGGUGUCAGACUCUGAGAGGGGGAAGGGACAGAUGCUGUAUCCUUCUAGUGGACACCAACUUGAAGGAAUUCUUGUGACCCACAGGCAGUGAUUCCAGAAUCCCCACUAGCACUCUGCAGAUCAUUCCUUCCAGAGGAGAGUGUAAAUGGAGAAGCCAGAUUACCCUUGGAGCCCAAGGUGUGCUUUGCCUGCCGUGGCUUCUCAGAUAUAGGUGAGAGAGAUUGCACUGGACUGUGCUAAACAGCUGAGCACAUGUCCACAGGCCAGGGUCUUCAGGAUGGAAACAGGCAGGAACCCAAAUACAAAGCACGUUUGCAGGGGAGAGUUCAGCUCUCACUGGUAGUCACGUGAAAAUAAGCACCUUGGCUUCAAUUUGGAAAGCACUUCAAUUUGGAAAGUGAAUGGAGAGAACUUUGGAGUUUCACUUAGAGUUUCCCCAUUGCUCUAUGUCAGUCUUUGAACACACCCUCAAGUCCCAGCCUCAAGGCUCAAUGAAGGAUCACAUAGCAGGUCUGAGGCUCACUGCUCUGAGCCCUGAGCCCAGGGCAGUGGAGAGCAGGGUGAUCUUCCCUCUCUGGAGCUUCUCCUUGGCCUUCUUCUCCACUUGGGCUUCUGCUCAGCAGCAGGUAUAUUCUGGGUUCCACGUUCAUUAGGAAUCCAGCUGUCCCAGUGGCUUGACCCUAUUUAGGCAAGAUAUCCACUCUGAGGGUGACACAGUCAUGGAGGAAGACAAAUGUGACAAGAUCCGCAGUUUGAAGCAAAACUGUGUUUUGUCUUUGUAAGUAACAGACUGGCACAUUGAGUUCUGGUCAGUGUCAGAGGAUAUCUUUCCCUUUGCUCCCAGAUUUCCAGAGAUGGAUACUGUUUCCAUUUCUAUGGGAAGGGUCAAGAACAUAAAACUGCUCAACAAUGCUCGAUUCCCUUGAGAAUUGGUGAGCUAAGGCCAACAUGCCUCCCUGCAUUCUCUUCUACCUCAAGUUUUUGGAAUUCAAUUCUGGAACAGAAAUUUAUACAAGAACCCAUGUUGUCAACCCUGGUUACUGUGGCAUGCACAUAAAGGUGACAGUCUGUAUCUUUUAAGAUAAAUAGGAGCUGGGCUUUGGCGGCCUAUUGACCAGUUUAUAUCUACUGUGGCUCCAAAUGAUUGGCAAUGCACAAUAUUCCUUUACCUCCAAAGUUUUCUCCAUUGGUCAUUUAUGUGUCACCACAGUUCCAGUGUCGUAUGCCCCUGCAAAUUGUGAAGGUAAUUAGUGACAAAAUAGCCCCCCCCCCCUUUUAGUGGCCAAACUGUCAGCUGCAGCAGACCUAGGAAAGCUAGUGGUCCCACACCAUGUACUGAAAACCUGUUCCUUAUCACACACCGAACUCAAGAAAUGCCAUCUCUAAAUAGUGCCAUUCAAGGUGGUAGUCGUUUGAAUGGAACAGUAAUCUAUGUGGAUAUUGUUAAAGUGUUUAAAGAAUAUUUUGAAAAUUAAGUUUACAUUUUACAAUUGCUUUAUUUUUAUUGAAAUAAUUGUAUAUAGAUAUUUCCCUAUUUCACUGUUACUAAAGUAAACCUUGACCUUGAAGACGAGUGGGUCAGCUGAUAUGUAUAGAAGCGGUGAUGUAGACAGUACCUUUCUCUAUUGUGUAAAUGGUCAUGAAUAUAAUUGUCCCUGUGUUUUUAUAAGUUGAGGGUAUUUUGUUGUUUUAUGACAACAAAAUUUAUUGCAUUUGAAAUGGUUUUUAUGUAACAGAAAUCAUGCAAACAGUGAAGGAUUAUAAUAUGGUAUAUGUAAAUGUAUAAACUUUAGAAAGAAAUAAAUACAACAAAUUUC